AUGGACUCUGCGGACACAUUUCACCUGCACACGUUUUAUUCGUCAUCAUGCUGCCAGCGUAUUAUUAUUGCUGCCCAGCUUAAGUCGAUUCCUCUCAAAUUUUCAUAUAUAAACCUCACAAAAGACGAGCAGCGAAAAGACGAUUAUAUGAGAAGAUUCAAUCCAAGCGGGAGCGUCCCUACUCUUGUGGUCUCUAGUGACACUCGUCCAGAGUUGAUUAUUCGACAGUCUGCUACAGUACUGGAAUACUUCGAAGAGCGUUUUCCUACCCAGCACCCAUUACUUCCACCAACAGACCAGCCUAUGCACCGUGCACUUGUACGAGAUUUCGUCAAUAUCAUUACAAAUGACGUUCAGCCGCCAACAAACUCCCGAAUUGCAAAGCGCAUAAGGGCGCUUCGGGGUAAACUUGAUGAUCAAAUUGAGUUUGUUAAGACUGUAUUUAUUGAUGGAUUAGGAGCUUAUGAAGCUCUACUCGUUCAAACAGGGGCUGAGUCGCAGAGCAGGGGUUUCACAGUAGGAGAGGAAAUUACAAUGGCAGACAUCUGCCUCAUUCCAGCGGUAGACCAAGCCUUGAUUUACAAGUUAGAUUUGGGGUUUGUUCCUAACAUAAUGAGAAUCUACGAGAAUCUCAAGAAAAUGGCAGCAUUUCAAGCAGCUGACUGGAGACGGCAGGAGGAUACACCUGAGGAGCAUAGAGUUUAG